UCUCAUUCGUCACAUGACCCUACGGCACUGUACAGUAGGCCAUAUUUGACAGUGGCACUAGUUUAACGAAGUGAGUGCGUGAAGAAGAUCGUUCUUUGAGCGGCUGCCCGUGUUCGAAGAACCUGUAAAUACUCGCGACCAGCUUGAGAAUUGUAUUCAGCGGACCUACAUCACUAGAACCCUCAAAAUGAGCACAAGCGCAGACAAUCCCAUUUACGGGCCGUUCUUUGGAGUUAUGGGCGCCGCCUCAGCCAUUAUAUUCUCCGCACUUGGAGCGGCCUAUGGCACAGCGAAAUCUGGAACAGGAAUUGCGGCCAUGUCCGUCAUGAGACCGGAACUUAUCAUGAAGUCCAUCAUCCCCGUUGUUAUGGCUGGUAUUAUUGCCAUUUACGGUCUGGUCGUGUCGGUACUAAUCGCCAGUGUGCUGGAUGAGCCCAAAAACUACACCCUUUUCCAGGGUUUCACUCAUCUUGGUGCAGGAUUGGCGGUAGGAUUUUCCGGUCUGGCGGCAGGCUUCGCCAUUGGCAUCGUCGGUGACGCUGGUGUGAGAGGUACCGCUCAGCAACCACGUCUCUUCGUAGGAAUGAUUCUCAUCCUCAUUUUCGCCGAGGUAUUGGGUCUGUACGGUCUCAUCGUCGCCAUUUUCUUGUACGCCAAGAAGAAUUAAAAAGAAAAACAAAGAACACAAAAAAACAAACAGCGAAACAGCCAAUUUCUGAAUAAAGAAAGAAUAAUAUUAAUCAUAAUAAGAAAAGCAAAAGAGAUACAGAUGAACAACUACAGCAAAACAGGAAGGAACAACGCUCCCCCACUCUAUUUACUACGUAGCGACAAGGAAAAAAAAAAGAAGAUACAUAACUCUACAGUGACACCGUACACGCCGCGUUUUAUCACGUUAUACUUAAAAUGUUCGCAUUAAAAAAAAGAAGCAUCUAUACAAUUUCCUAUACAUCAUCAUCGUCCAUAUCUUUGCGUUGUAUUACAACGUUAACAUGUCGUUUUAAGUAAGGAUUUUAUCUUUUGUCGCGCAACCUGUUUUCGAUUUUCUGUUUUUUUUGCCAAAAUUUCUAAUAUUAACGAAGCAUUCAUGUACACACACACAAACACAGCCGAUACACUGGUCUAACUUACACUGAUCGCAAAAAAUCUUAUUUCAUAAUAUGAAAAAUACAUAAAGUAACGAACGUCCGUCGUAUCGGCCAUUUGGGGGGAGGGGUGGUGAGAUGCAAAGCUGUAAUGAAAAGAUCGAGAAGUAAGCUGACAGAAGAUAAGAUACUAAUAUAAAGCGAAAGAUCAAAGAAUGGAAACAGAGAACACACACCCCCUCUAAUGCGCACGACCUGCCGAAUAGACGGUGCGAAAACUCCCCUUCUCUUUCAUUGUAUAGUAAUCAUUUCUAGUAUAGUACGGCAUUGAAUUAUCACCUAAAUUAAUCGGCUCUAUCGAGUGUAUAAAGGAAAAGGUUAUCGAUAAAGGAAUACUUAGCACAAUUAUAUAUAUAUAAAAGAAAUAUAUAUUAAAGAGCAAGUGAAUGAGAAACAGGAGACGGCGGUAGGAAGGCGACACCGAAUAGAUACCAGUGUCAGGAUGAAGAUUUACUCAGUUUCAUCAGAAGUGGACGACCAAUGGUGCUAGGCAAAAAAACGAAAGUUAUUCUUGAAUCAAAGGAUCACGUGAACUAGUUGCUUGUACCGCCACACUGAUGAAGACGUACAUAGGGCUUGAGAGAGAGAGAGAGAGUGAGAGUAUUAUAAAAUGAAACGAUGAACCAUCUUAACGCUCUCGAGGAUGAUCCUCGGCGUUCUAGGCCACCCGAGGAGAGUGCUCGUGUUUGCAUUAGAGAAGCGUAUAAGGUCGUACGAGUAGUUACGAUGCCUGCGAAUGUGCCAGCAGGGGAACGAGAAAAAUAUCAGAAGAGGAAUGGUGAGAGGGGACACAACACACCACGUCGAGCAAAAGAGAUAAAAAAAACUACAAUUUGUACAUUCCAUAAUAAGUUCGUUCGGUCCGAGCGAGCCGCCGGGAUACAUGGGCCAAGUCCAUAAACACCGGGUAACCACGAGGGAGCUGCCCAGACCAGGGUACGUGGUACCGGACUUCGACGUGUCUCCGGGAGUUAAAAGUGGUCUUCGUUACCCCCGACGCGCACACAAUGAACGACAAACGCUGUCCGUGGGACCGAUCGUCUGGGAGCUGGCGCUCGGUUCUACCAGACCAUUGAAACGUUUUACCUCGUCAUCUCCGCUGUUGCGUCAUCUCUUAUGACCAAUCGAAAGGCGCAGAAAGAAUAGGGAGUUCACGAAGAACUACGAAUUCGGGUCGUCGGAGUAUAUAAAACGAGACUGUCCAGAAAAUCCUGGUACGGCUGACUCGGCAGCUUUUAUUGACUGUGCAGUAUUUCACGGACACACGAUGGGGAUAUUUAAAAUGAUAUAAAAAAAUGAAAAUGAUAAAAAAAAUGAAAAUAUAUAUAAAAUACAAAACGAGAAGCUCAACCUACGACGCGUUCCUAAUGACGGAGACACUUCCUUGGUACUCAUGAUGACUUCCGAACGUCCGGAACGCAUCGCAGUUCUACUACCGGGAUUGAAAGGCGCCACGAUCACAGCCCGGAUGACAAUUUAACCGCGGAUGCCCAAGAACCUAGAGAAGUAUAGAUAGAACGUAAGAGCUACUAAGGUGACGACGACAAUUCUCUCUAACUUCCGUGUUGGACGAGAGUGCACGAGGACGAGUAAUAGCUAGGGUGGGGGGUGGGGGAGGGGUCAAGGGGUUACCCAUGUUUAUAGUGACUCUAGGAAAAUUAAGCCAUGCAUCUUUUUUGCCCACGGAGCGAUGGUGGUGAUUUAUGAUAAUGACAAUGAUUAUCUCGGCGAAAACGACUACCCUGAUGAUUGAUGAUAACAGUGGUGGUGGAGAGCUCAUUUUUUGAAAAUCAAUCCUUCGUUAUUACAACUUGUUCUAAUUCGUGGGGACACGUUGGAAUACAAAUAACAGAGAGAGAUAACAACAUCCAGCUAGAUAAGAAGUUACACUCACGCAUACGAUUUUAAGAGUGAUAGGAGAACAGCGUUACGAUACACACAAUUUAUAAGCUGGUAAACCGCGAUUCUUAAAUAGCAGUUCUCGCUUUACGUACCAAGCUUCGUGGCUAUUAUAAUAAUUUCAACACUAUUAUUACUAUUAACAAUCGCAGACACCCAGUAAAUGCAUUGGGCUAAAAAUUGUAAAACGAGUACUUCAAAGGUUUACUUGUGACUCGUUACCGAUGCUAGUAUCAUCUAUUGUGUUAAUUGGCUGUUAGAAUUAAAUAAGAAGUUCGAAUGAACAGACUAAUAAUACUUCCUGGCCAAUCACAUUUAAUUGUCGAAGUCUGGGUACUUGCUAAAUAUCCUUUAAAUGCCACAUAAUGUGGAAAACUUGUACGCGGGAGACUUUAGUCUCUAGAAUAUGUGUGUGUGUGAGAAAGAGAGAGAGCAAGAGAAAAAUUGUGUGAGAGUGGGCCUCCCUUUGCAAUCCUCUUCCACUGGUUUAGGGAGUGUAAACAAGAGCGAGAAAGAUAUGAAAAAUGUAUGGUUCGAUGGGAACGAAAAAAGAAUGAGUGAGAGAGAAGAGGAUAUGAGAAUUCAAGUUGCGUUAUAUAAAAUACCAAACCCACCAUCUAUGAGCGUGCGCACACUAUUGACAUAUGUAUACACAUUUUCACCUCCAUUUUCCGCAAAAACAAUAUCGCCCCCUCCCCUCCCACCCUUGCUAGCGACCCUAUGUACCCUACGUGUACUUUCUUCCAGUGUUAACUUGUAGAUUCAUCGUUGAGCGCUGAAAGUGAUAAUAUGAUCGAUGAUUAUUUAUGUUACGAUUUGUCCUCGAUGUUACAGAAAACCGUGUUUAAUAAAAAUUUAAUUUGGACAAA